CAAUGUCUUUCUCAGCUGGGGCAGUCUCUGGGGUCCGCUGAUCCUGCCCGCGGUCAGUUUUAAGUUAUUUACUUAGAACCCCCCUUAGUUUUUCCCUGAUAUAUUUUUUCCUCAAUAAAGUUUAAGAAAUUCAAAAAUAUCACUUCGUACUGCUCGAGUAAGGAUUUCGAAGAUCGCAUCGCGAAAAGGAGUAGUGCUAUUCACUAUAAAUGAAAUGUAUCAGCCCAAAGGCGUUCCAGGUUCAAGCUUAGCCCACAACAAUGCAGCAGUGCAUAGUCAGUCAUUAGACUGUGAUGACGGCUCAAUGGAUCCGACCAGUGGAGGCAAUAACAUCAACAAUCCUAGUCUUGCUUCAAAGCAACGUCUGCGUUGGACCAAUGAGCUUCAUGAACGAUUUGUUNGAACUUUGGUAAACCUGCAAGCUGCCGUAAGAGCUACACCGAAAGGCGUUCUUAGAGUCAUGGGUGUACAAGGCCUAACCAUUUACCACGUAAAAAGCCAUUUACAGAAAUAUCGACUUGCUAAAUAUCUUCCAGAUUCCUCAUCUGAUGGGAAAAAACCUGAUAAGAAAGAAUCGAGGGAUAUGCUAUCAAGUUUGGAUGGUUCAUCAGGAGUGGAAAUCACUACGGCUCUAAAGCUGCAGAUGGAGGUGCAAAAGCGACUGCACGAGCAACUGGAGGUCCAGAAACAGCUACAACUUAGAAUAGAAGCCCAAGGGAAGUAUUUGAAGAAGAUAAUCGAAGAGCAACAGCGGCUCAGUGGAGUUCUUUCAGAAGUUCCUGGUUCUGGGGUCGCUGCUCCUCCAACUGGUGACAAUGGCCCAGAAUCUGAUAAUAGGAGUGAUCCAGGGACUCCUGCACCAACAUCUGAGUCCCCUAAUGUUGAGAAGCAUGUAAAAGCACAUGCCCCAACCAAGAGCCUUUCUGUGGACGAAUCAUUCUCCUUGCAGCAUGAGCCUCUCACUCCAGAUUCUGAUUGCCCAGAGUCGUCGCCAUUGGAGAGCCCUAAUGGCGAGAGGUCAUCGAAGAAACGCAGAGUGGGCACAAAUGCAGCCUUUGCAAAAGACGAUGUGGCACUUACACAUCAGAUAUUGGAAUCAAGCUUGAGCCCACGAUACCAGCAACCACCUUCAGUUUUUAUGACGGGGGACCAAUUUAAUCGUACAUCAGGAUUAUCUCUUGGCAUUGAGGAUCACCAAGUUUCUGGUAACAACAUGUAGUUAUUCGGUACCCAGCACACUGCUUGUGCAACAUGACUCCAUUUCGUGUAGUUUGUGUAAUCUCUGAUAAGAUAUGUUCUCAUUUGGUCACAGAUACUGCAUGGUUUUCUAAUGUAGUUCGUUUAAUUCUCUAUUUAAUCUUCAGGGUUCUAACUAUUGCUUUAUGAUAUAGGGGCAGUUCUAAUUUA